CGCGCUUACGAGGCUGACGAUGUUCAGCUUUUGCCGCUACUCCAUGCUAGCUUCAAUGAACGUUCUGAAGAUGGAGAAUCUGAGGGUACGCUUCUUUUUCUGCUCAGAACCCUAAAUUUCGACGAUGUGACCCAGUGGUUGAGAAUCCGAUCGAUGCCCUUCGUCCAGUCAAGGAGAUAUGGAUGAGUAUGUUCCGUUUAUGAGCUCUGUUUUUGGUUUGGUUCUUUUUGUUCGUCGUGCUGUUCCUUUUUACUCUAUUUGUUCUUUUGAUUUAUUUCGUCUGCUUGAUUAUGGAAUAAUUUGGUGCGUAACUGCUUGGGAUUGAUUUGGGAGGUUUGCUUCGCGGUAGUGUUCAUUAAGUUCUUGCUGCGAGCGUAUUAGAAUACGAGUUGUGUAGGUUUCACGUGCUGAGGCUUACGUCGAUUUUACUCCUGCGCCGGAGUUUUCUCUAUUUCUAGUUUUGAGUUUCCUUUCCGAUUAAGGGUAGUGGAAUUGAGGGCUGGAUCUUGUGCGCGGGGUGGAUUUUCUUGGUCGUGUACGCAAUCAGUGUUUUUGGAUACGCUACGAGCUGCUGCUGUUGGAUGGCUUACUAUAACUGGUUCCCGCCAUUGAUUGCUGAAUCCAAUUUGACGAAAACUACAAGAAGUUAACGAAUGGAAACCCGAAGUUUCGAAAAGAACGGUAGUUACCAGAUUUUGGGCAACUUGGGUGGUACUCUUGCGCUAGCGCGAUGAAAGAACCAUUUGGGUUGUGUUUUUGAAUCUAUAUGCUGAACCGAAAGUUGUUUAUCGGUUCUUUAGUUGCAUGAUUUAUAGCCGUGAAAUUGUCUGACAUCCGGAGAGAAGUACAAUGUCCUAUCUGCUUAGGAAUCAUCAGAAAAACUAGAACCGUGAUGGAAUGCCUGCACCGUUUCUGCAGGGAAUGCAUUGACAAAUCGAUGCGUCUAGGUAACAAUGAAUGCCCUGCUUGCCGCACUCAUUGUGCCAGUCGACGCUCUUUGAGAGAUGACCCAAAUUAUGAUACCUUGAUUGCUGUGUUAUAUCCAGAUAUUGACAAAUAUGAGGAAGAGGAAUUGGCUUUCCAAGAAGAAGAGAAAGCUCGCAAUAAGCAGAUCCAAGCUUCCAUUGCUCAGAUACUUCAACAACAAACUGAAGCUUUGGGUAGAAAACGUCCUAAACCUUCAAGGAGAUGGAGUUCUAGAGGACGAAAAAACUUCCAGAAUCAUAUUGAGAGUCUAGGCUUUGAUGAAAACGAGGAUGAAAAUGAUUAUGAUGUAAGCAAAAAUUCAUCUUCUGCUGACGAGCGAAUGGACACACGACCUAAAAGAUCCAGGAGAGGAUGUCCUGUUAGAUUUUCCUUGUCUUCUUCAGCUACAGGGGCUGACGGGGCAGAUGAUGGUGGUAAUGGAAAUGAUUAUGAAGUGAACAAAGAAUCAGUUGGUGCAUCUACGGGGCUUGUUGGUAGCUCAGAAAGACUUUCAUGGGGCAAAGGUGGAAUAAGAAGUCACACUAGAUAUGGGGGUACUAAUGGAGGGACCGGUAAAAUCUCCAGGACUAACCGCCACACAAAGCUGUCAGAUUAUGUUCGAAACACGGAAAAUAUCAGCGAAGAGUUGGACGUCCACCUUAUGCUCGUUUCCAUGGAUGAAAAUAGAAUACCCGCAUUGCAAAGACCAUUCCUUUGCUGCAGGCCUUCAGUGACGAUUGGACACUUAAGUCAAUAUGUUGCUCUCAAGACUGCGCUUUCCUUCGAUGUCGUUGAAAUGUACAUGGUGAAAGAGCUGCAAAUGAAACUCAAUCCUUCAACCUCGAGAACUCCUAUGGACCCAUGUAAAGAUAGUGUACAGAUAUUAAACGAGCAAGAAACGCUGUCGAUGGUCAAACUCAAAACGCACUGUCUAGCUUGUGGCUAUCUGCUUUUGGCAUAUCAGAUAAAGGGCUACAGUUCUACUGAAGACGAACUUAUUUAGCUAAGGAGAAAAAGAGCCAUCAAAUCUCUGCAUGCAGACAUGCUUAUGCUUACUAGCGAUUCAUAUUAGGAAUGAAGAUGUAAGUAAUUUCCGUACAUGUACCAAUGUGUUGUCUUUCUUCCCCUUCCGAAUGUGUUAUCUAACCCCCUCCAUUAGUUUCUUCUUAUUGGUUUCCCCCCCUUUACCUGUAAUUGAUGCGCCUGGAAGGAGUGCAAUUUUCACAAAUCGAUGGAUUGACAUAGCUUAGCUUAGUGGUUGAAACACUAAUUAUCAGAAAUCUAUCUCAAUUCAGAUCUGGUCUUGAUAAUUUAUUGUAA